AUGUCUCAGUGGUAUGAGCUUCAGCAGCUUGACUCCAAAUUCCUGGAGCAGGUUCACCAGCUCUAUGAUGAUAGUUUCCCCAUGGAAAUCAGACAGUAUCUGGCACAGUGGCUAGAAAAGCAAGACUGGGAGCAUGCCGCCAAUGAUGUUUCAUUUGCCACCAUCCGUUUUCAUGACCUCCUAUCGCAGCUGGAUGAUCAAUACAGUCGCUUUUCUUUGGAAAAUAAUUUUUUGUUGCAGCAUAACAUAAGGAAAAGCAAGCGUAAUCUUCAGGAUAAUUUUCAGGAAGAUCCGAUACAGAUGUCUAUGAUCAUCUGUAACUGUCUGAAGGAGGAAAGAAAAAUUCUGGAACAUGCCCAGAGAUUCAAUCAGGCCCAGUCAGGGAAUGUUCAGAGCACUGUGAUGUUAGACAAGCAGAAGGAGCUUGACAACAGAGUCAGAAACGUGAAGGACAAAGUUAUGUGUAUAGAGCAUGAAAUCAAGACCCUAGAAGAUUUACAAGAUGAAUAUGACUUUAAAUGCAAAACCUCGCAGAACAGAGAACAUGAAACCAAUGGUGUGGCGAAGAAUGAUCAGAAACAAGAACAGAUAUUACUCCAGAAGAUGUAUUUAAUGUUGGACAGUAAGAGAAAGGAAGUAGUGCACAAAAUAAUAGAGUUGCUGAAUGCUACCGAACUUACCCAGAAAGCCCUGAUUAAUGAUGAGCUGGUGGAAUGGAAGCAGAGACAGCAGAGUGCCUGUAUUGGAGGACCCCCCAACGCUUGCCUGGAUCAGCUGCAGAACUGGUUCACCAUAGUUGCAGAGAGUCUGCAGCAGGUUCGUCAGCAGCUUAAAAAGCUUGAGGAAUUGGAACAGAAAUACACCUAUGAACACGACCCCAUCACGAAAAACAAACAAGUGUUAUGGGACCGCACCUUCAGCCUUUUCCAGCAGCUCAUUCAGAGCUCAUUUGUGGUGGAGAGGCAACCUUGCAUGCCCACACACCCCCAGAGGCCACUGGUCUUGAAGACGGGGGUACAGUUCACUGUGAAGUUGAGACUGUUGGUGAAAUUGCAAGAGCUGAAUUAUAAUUUGAAAGUCAAAGUUUUAUUUGAUAAAGAUGUGAAUGAAAGAAAUACAGUAAAAGGAUUCAGAAAAUUCAACAUUUUGGGCACACAUACAAAAGUGAUGAACAUGGAGGAGUCUACCAAUGGAAGUCUGGCGGCGGAAUUUCGACACCUGCAACUGAAAGAACAGAAGAAUGCUGGCAACAGAACCAACGAGGGCCCGCUCAUCGUCACUGAAGAGCUGCACUCCCUUAGUUUUGAAACCCAGCUGUGCCAGCCUGGGUUGGUCAUUGACCUUGAGACGACCUCUCUACCCGUCGUGGUGAUCUCCAACGUCAGCCAGCUGCCGAGUGGCUGGGCCUCUAUCUUGUGGUACAACAUGCUGGUGACCGAACCUAGGAAUCUGUCCUUCUUCCUGAACCCACCUUGCGCACGAUGGUCUCAGCUUUCAGAGGUGCUGAGUUGGCAGUUUUCUUCUGUCACCAAAAGAGGUCUCAAUGUGGACCAGCUCAGCAUGCUGGGAGAGAAGCUUCUGGGUCCUAAUGCUGGCCCUGAUGGUCUUAUUCCAUGGACGAGGUUCUGUAAGGAAAAUAUAAAUGAUAAAAAUUUUCCUUUCUGGCUUUGGAUCGAAAGCAUCCUUGAACUCAUUAAAAAGCACCUGCUCUCUCUCUGGAACGAUGGGUGUAUCGUGGGCUUCAUCAGCAAGGAGCGAGAGCGAGCGCUGCUGAAGGACCAGCAGCCAGGGACGUUCCUGCUGCGCUUCAGCGAGAGCUGCCGGGAAGGGGCCAUCACCUUCACGUGGGUGGAGUGGUCCCAGAAUGGAGGUGAACCUUACUUCCAUGCGGUUGAACCCUACACGAAGAAAGAACUUUCUGCGGUUACUUUCCCUGAUAUUAUUCGCAAUUACAAAGUCAUGGCUGCUGAAAAUAUUCCGGAGAAUCCCCUGAAGUAUCUGUAUCCAAAUAUUGAUAAAGACCAUGCCUUUGGAAAGUAUUACUCCAGGCCAAAGGAAGCAGAACCAAUGGAACUUGAUGGCCCUAAAGGAACUGGAUACAUCAAGACUGAAUUGAUUUCUGUGUCUGAAGUUCACCCUUCUCGACUUCAAACCACAGAACACCUUCUCCCCAUGUCUCCUGAGGAGUUCGAUGAGGUGUCUCGGUACGUGGGCUCUGUAGAAUUCGACAGCAUGAUGCAGUAUAGAGCAUGAACUGUUUCCAUCUUCUGUGGCGACAUCUUUCCUUCCCAACUGUGAUUCCCUCCUGCCACUCUGUUCCUUCACAUCCUAUGUUUCUAGGGAAAUGAAAGAAAGACCCACACAUUUGCUGCAACCUGUUGAUAGCAAGUGGAUUUUUCCCUCAUUCAGAAACAUAUGUUACUCUGAAGGGCUUCAUGCAUCAAAGUAAAGGUAAAAGUGAAAGCCCCCUCCACAGAGUGGGUUUUAUGAAUGAAAAACAUUCCAAAGUAGUAACUCAGUACUACUAGAAUGAGAAUCCCCAAGGAAGGGUGAGACGGUUAGCAGCACUUAGCAAAGCCUGCGUCCAGCCUUUGUGGGAUAUGGAUAGGUCACGUGGUUAUUUAGGGAACUUCUUGAUGUAGGAUUAGCAAAUUUCUAUUGUAGGGAAUUCUUAUUUGGUUUCUCUGCUUUAAAUAUGACUGGAAGUUUUCCAUUGGUUUAUGAAAUAGUUCAAAGCUAAGUUUGUGUAGAAAUACAUCAACUCUUAAUAAAGGUAGCCAUCCUGUAUCCUGGGUAGGGGAGAAAAGUUGUAGUCUGUACUUUAUUAUAUGUUCCACACUAGCCAGUUAAAGCUAAAGACAGAUGUUCUCUCGGGAGAAUUAACUUUUCUGUUGUUAUGGCUAUGUGAUUCUGGCUAGUAUCAGUAGACGCAAGUACAUUUUCCAAAUUUAGGAGUGUUAUUUUCUGUUUAAACUGUAAUAUCCAAGCUGAAUACAUUCUGCCUUCAGCAUGAUCCACUAGUAAGUUAGAUCGCCUUCUGUCCAGGGAGCCAGGCUAUUAACAACGGCUCUCUCAAGGCAAGUCCCAUUUUUUUUUCAAAAGUUGAAAUUAAUAUUAAAUGUAGACAAAGUCAGAAAUUUAUUCAUGUUUCUUAAAUGGGUUAAUUUGUCUUUAUUGUUACAAGUUGGUAUUUAGUCUGUUAGUCAAAAAUUUUCAAAUUGAGAAGAAAGAACAGUAACCCACAAAUCACUAACCAGGGACAAUACGAGAAUUGAAUAAUUUGAAAAGUCGUCCUUUGUAACUCUGAGAAUUGCAUAUUUUCACUGAUAAAUGUGUUUCUCUGACAAAUACAUUUGCACCUGGUUCCAUGAUCUGUCCUGUGCUUUUUCUAGACCCCUUUUUGACUGGAUGGUAUUUUGUCAAAUGUGUAAUGUUAUGUACCUCCUUCCUUCCUUUGUUCUGACACAGAAAUGUGGUUUAGGGGGUUGGGUUUGCCACAGUUCUUCCAGAGAACUUUCAUAGACUGCUGUCUUUGUGGCUGCAUCUUAAGAUCCCAUGGUCACCACCACAGUUAGAUUACUGUGUAAAUAUCAUAUUUCUCUGGUGAGGAUAAAGUUUUCUUGAGGUCCAUUCUAAAAUUAAAGCUAAAGUAUAUGUAUUGCACUAAAUAUGAUAUGCACCAUGGUUCUUUGUAUGGAACACAAACCAAGGCCUCCUCCCAGUUUUUACCUAAAAUGACAUGAACCUGACUGGGUUUAUAUUGAUUUUUUUUUUUUUU